AAAAACUAAAAUAUUUAACACAAUUUAAAAAUGAUUAUAGUUUAUACAAAUGUCAUGUAUACUUUUUUUUUUUUGUCAUCUGGAUAUUAUUAAACUUUAAAACAUUAUUACAAAGAGGCUAAACAAAGCCCAGCACACUAAUUACAACGGGCCCAAAGAUGGGCAAACCCAAAGAGGAGACAAGGAAAGCACGGGAUCCAUCAUCACUACGUGUACGAAGGUGAAACCUAAAGACGACACGCGUCGACGCUUGGAUAAUCUUCCUUCCUCCAUCGACAGAGAGGCACGCCGGAGACUCCAAAAUUAUCACUGGGACCAAACUUCCGAUAACCACCGGCAACUAUCAAUCGGAGUAGUCAAAAGAGGAUGAAAUCCAGUAGACUAAGAACCGACGAUUCUUCGCUUCAUAAGAACGAAAUCAAUUGCCAUCAUCGAUCUAAAACAACAAUACUCCUGCACAAUUACACCAGGCAUCUUUAAAGAUACGGAUAAGCUUGAAGAUGCAACUACCUAUACCAAGGAGAGGAAAAAACAAUUGGAGAUUCAGAUCGAGAGGCAAUCGACACAAGAGAAAACAGAGAAGGGGGACAACAAAAAAACAAAACCAGCGAUAAACCAAAGAGGUAUCUCGCCGCAAACAAAGCCGGAGAAGAUGAUGCUAAGGAAGCCAUCAGUUCCCGGAGUCAAAAGCCAGCGAAUCAAGUGCUAAAGAAGCCACCGAUUCCCGGAGUCAAAAGCCCGAUAAACAGGAGAUAUAACCGGAAAAAGAAACCGGCGAACAGUUGAGACAUCUACUUCCCUCUGAAAGAUUUUAAAGAGUUAAGAGGGAUGAGUAGAGAGAAAAUUCUCUCUCUAAGAAGAGAGAGAACCCCUUCCACCUUACAAAUGUCAUGUAUACAUAAAUUUAAAAUCUUACAUCCUUAAACCUCAUACAAUGUAUAUCUUAUGAAAUUUAGAAACAAAUCCACAUUUCUGGAGUCUAGGCUACUGUCAAAGAGUCAUUGGAUAUGUCGAAAUUUGUUUUUCAGGUAUAUACAAAGGUUUAGAUAUAAUAUCAAACAUUAAUUAUAGUGUCGGCAAAGGAAACACCAAUCAUAUUCAUACGCCAUACAUUCAUGUACUAGUUCUUAAUUGUAGUCUUAAAAAGCACAUAAAUUAUAUCUAGUGGUAUUUAAUUAUCAUUUUGUUAAUUUAUUUUGAUACUUGUCCAUCACCUAAGUGCAUGUGCGUAGUUAGAUGUUACUUAUGUAUCAUGAUCAGUAUGUAUUUUCAUGCUAAAGAAUAUUGAUCAUUUAUUUAUACAGAUAUAAUAUCUUAUUUCUUUCCAUUUUGUUCAAAUCUAAACGCGUAAGUUGCAUUUCCUCAGAAUUUGUUUAAUUACUUAGCUUUAGCCUUUGUUUGUCUCAUGGUCGGUAUAUAUAGGUAUUGGUAAGAUGCUUAGGCCAUCGAUAUUAUCACUCACGAUUUCAUAUUACUUUGGCAUCUCUCAAAUCAACAGGUCACGCAUAUUUCUUUUUAAAUAUCUUCUUCUUUCAUUUUCCUUUCAAGAAACUUUCUAUUAACUACUUCGGAAUUUACAGUAUCAUUACAAUGAUCACUAUUGCUAAUUUCAUAUGAUGUCCUCUGUAUAAUGAAACUAUUAAUAUAUAAUAUUAUGUUUUAACCAUCUAAAUAAAGUACUCUGUGCAAUGUUUAUUCAAAUCGUGUUUACAGGUAAAACAAUGUUGCUUCUAGUUCUGGUUGUCGGUUUAAUAUGCUAUCAUGUCUACAAAUCCAUAAAACCACCGCCACCAAUCCCGCUGCCAGAGAAUGUUUCUGAGAUAUGUCCAAGAGUUAAGCUCAAUGAUGGGAGAUAUUUAGCCUACAGAGAAUUAGGGUUUCCAAAAGAUAAAGCCAAAAAUAAAAUAAUCAUUCUCCAUGGUUUUGGAAGUUCCAAGUUAGUAGAUUUAAAAAUCACACAGGAAAUGAUUGAUGAAUUCGAGAUAUACUUCUUGUUCUUCGAUAGAGCUGGUUAUGGAGAAAGCGAUGCUCAUCCAUCACGAACGGUAAAAACGGAUACAUACGAUAUCGAAGAACUCGCCGAAAAAUUGCAAAUUGGUCCGAAGUUCCAUGUCUUAGGAAUGUCACUCGGGGCUUAUCCAGUUUACGGCUGUCUCAAAUACAUCCCUCAUAGGUUAAGUGGAGCAACGUUGGUGGUUCCGUUACUGAAUUUUUGGUGGAGUAGUAUGCCUCAAAGCCUAUUGAGUGCAGCGCUCAAGAAAUUACCAAUCCAGAACCAAUGGACAUUUAGAGUUGCACACUACCUUCCGUGGUUGCUAUAUUGGUGGUUGACGCAGAAAUGGUUUUCACCGUUUAGUCCGAAUCCCAGAGAAACUAUGACCGAGCGCGACAUAGAACUCGCGGACAAGCACACAAAACACUCUUAUAUUAAGGAAUCUGCUCUACGACAAGGCGAAUAUGUGAGCACGCACCGAGACAUCAUUGCGUCUUUCGAGAAUUGGGAGUUUGAUCCAACAGAAUUGCUCAAUCCGUUUUCAGAUGGUAACGAAGGGUCGGUUCACAUGUGGUGUGCACUCGAAGACAAACAAAUUUUGCGUGAGGCUUUACUCUAUAUAUGUGAUAAGCUGCCAUGGAUAAAACUUCGUCAAGUCCCAGAAACUGGACAUCUUAUUAUCCAUGAGAAGCAGCAUUUUGAAGAUAUUAUCAAAACCGCUUGUACUUAGAGUGAAAAAAACCUCUACAGUUUGUCCUGAAUCAAUUAGACAAAAUAUCCAGUAUGUUUGAUAUGACAUAUAUAUUUUUAUUAAAUAAAAGUGAAUUGAUGCACUUCUAGUGAAUAUAUCAGACUAUCUCCAAUGGCUUACUCUAAAAUAGAGCAACUCUAUAAUAGAGUUUGAGUUUGCUCCAAUAAUAUUAUAUUUUAGAGUAUAGAAAAUAGAGUGAUGGACAAAAAAAAAACAAGAUACUUUAUAUUUGGAGUAAACUUAUUUUUCACUCUAUUAUAGAUUGAAAAAUAUAGUACCAUUGGAACAUUUUUACUCAAAAUUCUAUUUUAGAGUGAAAAAUAAGUGGGGUUGGAGAUGCCCUCGUACUACAUAAAAUACUAACAAUCAGAGCCAAGAACAUUAGGCUUGUCCAACCAGAUUCAGCUAUUUAAACAGUACAAAGUUUGCAAAAUGCUGGUGAAACCAAUCUGACAUAAAUCGACCACAAAUCAAUGAGAGGCCAAGAAAGUACUAAUAACAAAAGAU